AUGGAAAGCACCAGAGUUUUUGUCUCUGGCCUUCCGCCCACUUUCUCUGAUGAUCAAUUGAGAAAGCAUUUCGCCAGUCGCUUCCAGGUCACGGACGCUCAUGUAUUGCCCAAGCGCAGGAUCGGCUUCGUGGGCUUCAAGAGCCAUGAGGUUGCCCAACAGGCCGUGUCUUAUUUUAAUAAGACCUACAUGAAGAUGUCCAAGAUCUCAGUAGACAUUGCUAAGCCGAUUGAUGCCGAACCUACCCCAAGAGCCCGCAAGUCUGGCAACGCCCAGGAUCAUGACGAUGCGGGAAGUUCGCUCAAGCGUAAGCGCGAUGGCGACAAGACCGAGGAUCCCAAGCUGCAGGAGUACCUUUCCGUAAUGCAGCACUCGUCUAAGACUAAGACGUGGGCCAACGACGACGCCAUGCCUAAAGCUCCAGAGACAAACUCACCUGCAGAACAGCCCGUCGAAGACGAAGAAGAGGAGCCGCAGGAGCUCACUUACGCCCAAAGGAAGAAGGCCAAGCUUGGCGACGUCCCGGCUAAUCCUAGAGAGUUGCAUAGUGCGGGCCAACAAGCUGAAGCAGAACCAGAGCCCAUGGUCGUCGAUCAUAGUGGCGAGGGUGAUGCCGAGCCGUCGGCGGAUCAGGAUGAUGCUGUCGCCCCUGAGGAAGAACAGGCGCCUGUCUCGGAUGCGGACUGGCUUCGCUCCAAGACGAGUCGUCUCCUUGGCCUCCUCGACGAGGAUGAGCAAGCAGAGUUUGACUCUCCCGCACAGCAGAAGCCCGCUGCUUCUCCCGAGGCAGAGUCGAGGAUGGAAGUUGACCUCGAACCUGCUCAGGAUGUCGCCACCACCGAAGAACCUUCCGCUGGUAAAAUAGCGAAAGAGCCGGAGGUCGACACCAACAUUGAGAACAUUCGCAUCUCAGCACGUCUCUUCGUCCGCAAUCUGGCUUAUGACACGUCCGACUCGGAUCUUCAACCAAUAUUUGCUCCUUUCGGCCAAAUUGAAGAGAUCCACGUUGCUGUUGAUACUCGGUCAAACACCAGCAAGGGUUUUGCCUACAUCCAAUAUGUCAAUGCUGAUGCUGCCGUAGAGGCCUACAAACAGCUGGAUGGCAAGCACUUCCAAGGCCGUUUGAUGCAUAUUUUACCGGCUGCUGUCAAGAAGACGUAUAAGAUUGACGAGACCGAGCUAGCGAAGCUCCCACUGAAGAAGCAGAUGCAAAUCAAGAAGAAGAUGGGGGCGGCAUCUUCAUCUUUUAGCUGGAACUCACUCUACAUGAACGCCGACGCUGUCAUGUCGUCAGUAGCUGAACGUCUUGGUGUGUCGAAAGCAGAUUUGCUUGACCCCACUUCGUCUGAUGCAGCAGUUAAGCAAGCGCACGCUGAGACGCACGUAAUUCAGGAGACGAAAGCCUACUUCUCAGCCAACGGCGUCAACAUUGAGGCCUUUAAGCAACGGGAACGUGGAAACACGGCUAUCCUAGUAAAGAACUUCUCAUAUGGCGUCAAGACUGAUGACAUUAGGAAACUAUUUGAUCCGUAUGGACAAAUCACCAGGCUACUGAUGCCGCCCAGCGGUACCAUAGCAAUCGUCGAGUUUUCGCGCCCCGACGAGGCUCAGAAAGCCUUCAAGAGUCUUGCGUACCGCAAACUAGGGGACUCGAUCCUCUUCCUAGAGAAGGCUCCCAAGGAUCUAUUUGAUCCCAACGUCGUGCCGCAGAAGCCAACCACCGAGAUUAAGGCUGUCUCACAAGGAUUCUCCACGGCUGACACGUUUGCGGCAGAUGAGGCUGUCGAUGACAACCUGCCCACAACCACUCUAUUUGUAAAGAACCUCAACUUCGCUACCACCAACCAGAGCUUUGUGGACCUCUUUCGACCACUGGAUGGCUUUAUCACCGCUAGGAUCAAGACCAAGCCCGACCCCAAACGCCCUGGGCAGACUCUCAGCAUGGGCUUUGGCUUUGCGGAGUUCCGCACCAAGGCUCAGGCGCAGGCUGCUCUAGGCGCGAUGAACGGCUAUAAGCUUGAUCAGCAUGAACUGGUGGUUAGGGUGUCUCACCGCGGAAUGGAUGCUGCGGAGGAGCGGAGACGGGAGGACACCGCGAAGAAGGUGGCCGCCAGACGGACGAAGAUCAUCAUUAAGAACUUGCCGUUCCAGGCCACCAAGAAGGACAUCCGGUCGCUCUUUGGCGCCUAUGGCCAGCUUCGCUCUGUGCGGGUGCCUCAGAAGUUUGACAGGACGGCCCGUGGUUUUGGUUUUGCUGACUUUGUAAGCGCUCGUGAAGCGGAGAAUGCCAUGGACGCCCUUAAGAACACGCACUUGCUGGGCAGGAAGCUGGUGCUGGAAUUCGCGAACGAGGAGGCGAUCGAUGCUGAGGAAGAGAUCAAGCAGAUCGAAAAGAAAGUAGGAGAGCAGAUGGACAGGGUGAAGCUACAAAAACUUAGUGGUCCUGGGCGCAAGAAGUUCACUGUAGGGGCCCAGGACGAGGAGUAG